AUGUUUCUAACAAAACGAUCAAAAUCUUCGAAAUUAACACAUAUUUUAUGUUCUCUAAUGAUUGGAUGUUUCAUUUUCAUAAGUUUAUUUUCAUUUAAAUAUUAUUCGUAUAUUACUUUGUUAUUAAAACCCAAAACUCGAUUAGUUAAUGUAACAUGUCGUCAAUAUAUCGCACCGGACAAUCGUUCAUUUUUUGAACGCGAUUAUCCUCAAUUGUAUUUACCUCAGCAAAUAUCAAAUUUUUCAUAUGAAAAUUCUACUAAUCAACUUCGUUCUUUUCGUUUAGUUGUUUUAUCUUGUGCUCGUGAUAUUGCCCACUAUAUCGAUAAAUAUCGAAGUCAUAUUGAACCAAUUCUUAAUCUUUUUCAUUCAUCAUCUUCAAUGCAUAUUUUUGAAAAUGAUUCAAAAGAUAAAACUGUAGAAAAACUUCGUCAAUGGUCUCGUGUACAUGUUUAUACACAUAAAAAAUUAAUUAAUAAAUAUCGCGAACGUACAGAACGUCUUGCUUAUUGUCGUAAUACAUUAUUAAAUAAAGCACAUUCAUUAUCACCUGAUUAUAUACUUUUUACUGAUCCAGAUGUCUUUUCUACAGAUGUUUUAUCUUUUCUUUCGAAUUUUAAAUACAAUCAAAAUGAUUGGUCUGUUAUGACAGCAGGAAAUAGAUAUGGUUAUUAUGAUAUUUGGGCGUUACGUACAUUAGCUGAUUCAGUUAUGAAUUAUGAUGUUUGGCAUCGAACAUGGAAUUUAUCAAAAUCAUCAGAAAAUUAUUGUUCGAAAUCAAUUUCUGAUCAAAUUAUUGGAAUUCAUCAAAAACAUAUUCCAAUUGAACAUGGUUUAGUUGAAGUACGUUCAGCUUUUGGUGGUGCUGCAUUAUAUAAGGCAAAUUCAACAUAUGAAUGUCAAUAUGAUGGGAAAGGACCGAUUUGUGAACAUGUACCAUUUCAUUUAUGUAUACGAGAUAAACAUAACGGAAGAAUAUUUAUUAAUCCAGAAUUUUAUAUUGACUAA